UGCGUCGGAAAACGGUUUGUUGCAAUUCGCUGCAUUCUUGUUGUUUUUUUUCGCGAGGAAGACAAAAGGCACGCUAGAAUUUUAUCAGUGCCCAUCGCAUCAUCAGAAACUUCUACAAUCAACUUGAAAACAACGCUGCAGAGCGAAACAACACUGCAGAGUACAGCUUUAUAACAGUUUGCUGGUCAAACGCUAAUAGGACAAUGAAACUGCCUAUUCUUUUGACGCUCUUCUAUUGCUUUUAUGUCGAUGUUAGCCACGCCAGGGAAAUAACUCAUGAAGAUAUUAAAGAUGCUAUGUUGAGCUUAGUACAUAUGAUGCGAGAGAACACAGAGAAGCUGGAAAGACAUGAAGCGAGAGAACGGCAGCUGGGUGAGCAAUUAAAAAAAACAAUAACCAUUUUGACAAAACGUGUAUCCGUUGUAGACGGUCUGAAACUGCAAUUGAUCAAGUUAGACGAUAAAGUCGCAGGAAUAGAACAUCUAAUCGCACAGAAAGAUGAACGAGAGCGUAUACAAAUGCAAAAAACCGUGGACAGUUUAGAAGAUCUAGAAAAUCGCUUGGAGGGCUGGCUCACGAAUAUCGAAAGUAAGGUAGCAGAGAUAAACAAUCGUGCGGAAGUUACAUCUGCUCCGGAUAGUCUUUCUAACGUUCUCGAUAAGUUAAGUAGCAUAGAGAGCAACUUGAUGGGAGAGGUUGUAAAAUUCAAAGAAGAUCUGCAUAAUAACAUAGCAAAGAUGAAUAGAGAAUCUGUUACGCUGAUGGAGAAGACGCAUACGAUAUUCUCGGAGAUGCAACAUGUAGCCGCCAAAAUCGAAGACCUCGAAAAAUCUUUAGAGAAGAUAAAACAGGUAACGCAAAAUAUUCAGGAGAGACCAUCAGAACGGCAAUUGGAUUUAUCUCCAACCUUUGACAAUCAUGUCAGAACAUUAGAGCAAAUGCAAGAACUACUGGAAAGCACGUCUGACAGAUUACGAGAAUUACCUAGGAUAAACGAAGUUCAGGCGCUCCACAACGAGACACAAGCUACAUUACAGGAAACAAAGCACGCGUUAAAGGACAUCAUUACACGGGGUAUUAAUAAUAUCGAGGAUAGCAUAAUAGAGAAUAAAGAAGAAACGAAGGAUUUAGUAACGACAUUACGGAUGAAUCUAGCUAAUAAUGCAGAACGCGUUAAUCAGGAACUACAAAAUCUGGAAAAGGGUCAAUCCGUGAUGGUUUCUAUGGCUGAUCAUGUGCUGGACACGAAGAAAAGAGUGGAGUACGGUGUACAUCAGAUUUUACUGGAAGUGGGUGAUUUGGUGAAGACUCAAGGCGUUAAUAUUAAUAGCACUCUUAGUCAAAGAUUUGACGGAAUCUCAAAUGAUAUCAUGGAUAAUCAAAACGGUGCUUUGGCAAACCUUACCAGUAAAAUGGAACUGGAAAUGAACAAAGUUUGGAGACAGAUCAAUGUAAUGUAUCAGCAGAUGACAGAAAGUGCUCGAGCUUUAGAUAAAUUGCAUCAACAGAAUGAAGCCUAUGUUAACGGCACAACGUCCACUAUGGGUGGAAUGGAGAACAAAGUGGGCGAAAUAACGAAACGUAUGACUGAAGUGGAUGAAAACUUGAACUAUCUGCUCGGCCGCUUGUCCUUAGUAACACAAGAAUUCAAUCAAAUUAAGACAGGCUUGGGAAACGCUCUAGAUAACAUCAAGGCUUCUUUCAAAGUGGUUCAGGAUAAGGCAUUGGAUCUGACUCAUCCGGGUCCUCAUCCACUCCCGGAAAAUUAUAAGAACCCAAACGAAUCCGAAACCGGAAAGCCAGACGGGUAGUGAUAUUGCAAGCAAUAUCACGUCUAUGACUGUUUUAUUUAAGGCUCGCAACGCUCACGAGCAUCGUUUUUCCUUAUUUGACAUUUAAUAAAUAACAAGGAUAAAAUAAUUUUGCGAGCGUUGUGGAUGUUAAAUUGAACGCACCCUAUAAGUAUAUAUGUUAUACAAAGUCAAAAGAUGCAACGCCCACGAAAAUGGCGUAGCCCGCUCGGAUACCAAGCGCCUGCGUUUACGACUUCGUCACGCAAGGACGUACGUUAGGACGAACGAACGAAAAUUCGUACAAAUUCACGGGGAACAAUCAAAGGAAGAUACAUAUGCACAGUCAAAGUCGGCAACACUUUCAAAAAUAUACGAUUUGAUAACACCCGAACCGAACGUGUCCGCCGAGUGGUUUUCCUCCAUUGGUGAUUGCAGCGACAGUAAUUGGAUAGAUUGCAGUUAAUAUUGAUAUUACGAUGAUCAUCUCAACAUUUUUGUAAAAAUAAAAUCAUGUGGCUCAUUGAACAUGACUGUUAACAAUAUUCAAAGGCUUAGUCAAGUAUAUAUUAUAUUAUGUUCUCAUCCCGGCUUGAAUAUGGUUACGUGAAUUCUACAAUCGCACGACGGAGGUAAGUUUUCUCAUUUAAAAUUUUAAACAACGUGUAUAAAUGCAAAGUUACUAUUGUAAAAGCGACUUUGGAACACAGAAUUGUUUAUAUAAAUUAAGAUAUAUAAUUAUUACAUAACAUAUGAUUUUAUUAUAAUUACAUUGUUAUAAUGUAAAGUACAAUAAGAAGAACGAUCCGACGGACAACAAUGAGCAGACGGACAUCAAUGUGAUAGACAAUGGUUAUCCGUAAUCUUCGAUAAUUACCUUUAUAAAUGUCGCAAACGUCACUUAUACGCAAUUAUCAGCAAGCGAGUGUGUAUUUUCAUAUACACCUGCAAUACAUGUAUAUGUGUAUGUGUACGAUGUCCGUGUUGGACCGAGAAAAAGCUUGUUGCUUGGAUUAUGGAAACUAUAUUAAUAAAUUAAUUAACGUUCGUAAACAUACAGUCGUGUUGUAUCAUAUAAACUAUAAAGAAAGAAAUAAAAAUAAAUAUGUAGCUUUAAUACAGUUUGGUAAAUGUGUAGCAUAAAGGCACUUGAACUGUCUUAUUUUGCUGUCAUUUUUCAUACUUAAUUUUCCCCCCUAUCUCUCUCUCUCUCUCUCUUUCUCUUCUACUCUCUUUCUUCAUCCUUCUCUUCUCUUCCUCUUCUUUCCUCGCGUUCUUCCAUUUCGCAAAGAAUAUAGUAUAACGAAGUAUGAUUGUGUGCGUUGAAAAGGAGACAAAGAAGAAAAAAGAACCGUGAUGAAGGAUGAAUGUGAUUGGUGAACGUGAUUGAUUCUGGACACGUGUCUUUAAAAGCACUUGCGAUGGACGAUACCC